UUUGCAAAUUUUGUUUCUUCAUUGUGUUACCUAAAGCCAUAUUGAAUAGUCUAUCACUGAAACCAUGUUGAAGUUUGUGAGUUUGUUGGCAUUAGUUCUAGGCGUAGCAACUGCAGAAUAUCUUGAUGCUCCAACGUCUGUGACUCUUCAAGUGUACUAUGAGACUUUGUGUCCAGACAGUAUAAACUUCUUGGUUGAUCAGCUCUACCCAUCGUACUUACUUUUUGGUGGAGAUGUAGUCCAAGUGGAAUUGAUACCUUAUGGACAUGCCAGUGAAGAUGAUUCUACAGGUGAAAAAGUCUUUACCUGUCAACACGGACCCCAGGAAUGUUACGGAAACAAAGUCCACUCGUGCGUGAUCAAUGCCGCAACUGUCAAUCAAACUGUCAACUUUGUAUUCUGUGCGGAAAGAUCAGCCAGUCCUGCCAAUUCAACCAUUCUCCAAGGAUGUGCUGAAGAAAGUGAUAUAUCUUGGACUGAUGUAGAAGACUGUCUUUCCAGUGGACUUGCUGACGAGCUUCUGUCAGCAAACGGAAAUAAAACCAAAAUUGUAGAUCCAACUUUCAUACCAACCAUCACAAUUGACAAUGUAUACAGUCAAGAGAAUCAAGAUGGCGCUAUUAAGCACCUUAAGACCCUGCUCUGUAAUAUUUUGCAGUACCCUAUCGAAUACUGCCGUUGCUAAAUGCUUUUUUGUAAUAUUUAAA